AUGGUGAAGUUUACAGGAGGAACAACUGUUUCUGAUGUCAACAAACAUGAGAUACAGCCAAAGCAACACACGUUUACGAGUUUUGCUGAUAUUAUAACCGAGAAAACUCAGAAAGAUAUGCUUAUUGACAUUAUUGGUAUCGUUGAAAGUAUCGGGUAUGCUCAGAAACAUGGCGGAAGUAAGAAAUUACAGGUUAAUUUGGUCCUAAGGGAUGCAACCAACAAUACAAUUAAUUGCACCCUUUGGGAGACUUAUGCUGCUCAAUUCUUCAAGUUUGACGAAGAACGGGUCAAUACGUCCGCGCCAACUGUUCUUUUGCUUCGAUAUGCAAAAGUUAAAGAAGAAGGACAGUAUCCGCUUUCGGUUACAAACACCUUCCAUGUUACGAAACUACAUAUCAACGCAGAUUUGCCAGCAGUGAAACAUUUCGUUGAAAGUAUACCUAAGGACACUUUGAGCGCGGUCUCUAGCCAGCUUAGCCUAAAUUCACAGAACCUCUCCCGCUCCACAAAUUCUGACAAUUCUAGACAAACUCCAAUGCAGAGAUUGUUGUCUGGUGCUUUGGCUCUGCCUCUCAGUGAAAUCAAGAAACUGAAACAGGUCUCUUUCUGCGCUACUGUUGUUGAAACCAAAAAACUUAUCGCCUCUUCCUUUGGCUGGUGUUACCGAGCAUGCCAUUCAUGUCCUAAAGCUGCUCGUGGUGAUGAACCUCCUUUCAUAUGCGAUAACAAGCAUAAAACUGAGGCCGAAAUCUUUAGGUAUAAAAUUGAAAUAGAGGCUGUGCAUUUAGGCGUACCUUGCAAAUUCAUAUUUUGGGACCGGGAAUGUACGGAUAUCUUGGAAAUAUCUGCUGCUCAAAUGCGGGAUACAAUGAUACAGGCUGGAAUCACUGAUCCUCUGGAGUUCCCAUUAGCUCUUGAUAAGAUGCUUGACUUGGAGCUGGCUUUUAGAGUUACAUGGCAGCCAAGCUGGGACUCUUGCUCCGUUGUUAUGUUCAUUAAAGAUAAACCCUUCGUCGAACAAUUAAAGGCUCCGUGGAAACAUACCCAGAUUAAGGAGAGCGUCGAUGAAGCAAAAACUAAUGUUGCAGAAGAGUAUGAAAUUGUUACGGAUGUAGAAAUUACAUCCAAGCAUAAUCCUGAUCCGGUCACACCUACUGCAAAACGGCAUAUUGGUGAUGGCUCGAACGAAUCAACUACCGUGCCUGGAUGUGCGACGGAGAGCUGUCAUCAACAAAACUGA